GUUUUUCAACCCGUUUGAAAAUAUUAUGAACGCUCUUGACUGGCAAAACGACCAAUCAGAAGCUGGUUCAAUAUUGAGGUUAGGACUGGAUCAAAUUGGCUACGCGAUUGUCUUCUCUUCUCUUAGCAGUUUGUUUACAUUUGUUAGAUAUGGCGUUUUGAAUAAACGGUAUAGAAUUAAGAAGUCAGAACUUUGCUUAUAGAAAACUUAUUUAAUAACAAAAAUAUACUGUACUACUAUACAAAGAAAUAUAUAAACAAUUCAAAUUUGAGAAUAGGCAUUUCGAGUUUCUUUAGUCGUUUGGUAUCUAUUAUGAUAAAUAUUUGAACUCGAGCGUUAGUCAUGAGAAACUGCUUCAUACCGAAAUGCGAUCAGUCGAACAAACACAAUCCGAAGCGGGCAAUGUUCAACGUCCCGAUGAAGGACCCCGUACUUCUCAGUCGCUGGAUAAAGGCUCUUCCGAAGCACCGACCUUUGAAAGAGUUUGAUAGAGUAUGUGAGAUUCACUUUGAGGAAGAGGAUAUUUUACGUUACUGGGAGCACACAAUAAAUGGUCAAGUGGAGCGAAUGGAGCGUAAAAAGCCUGCACUUCGACCAAGCGCAGUUCCAUGUUAUAUUGAAAUAUCAGAUAAUUCAUACUUCGAAGCUCUCGAUAGCCAAGUAUCCGGCGUCGGAUCCAAACGUAAAAUAGACAAAAAGACGUCCAAUAGUUAUGUAAAGAAGACAAAACUUGAACAAAUGGAAGAAAAACAAUUGGUCGCCAAGCACGAUACAGCCAACAUGUCCUCUCAGAAGAAUAAUGGCAAAAAUGAUGACAAAGUCGUUGCGCGUAGUGUCGUCAUCGAAGUAUCGCAAAUGGUUCAUCCCGAGUUUGAAGCACUGUAUGAUGAUGUAUACGAGGUGGAAUUACCUUCGCCGCUCUGGGGCAUUCACAGAGAUGUAGAAAAGACAUUCAUAUCCUUUACGGAAUUCAACCAAGACACUAUGAAUACAAGGAAAUGUCUAUACAUAGAUCAGCGCCUACGGUAUCGACAGGCCGUUGGGCAACGAAUAAUGAGAGAAGGUACUCUUAAAAACUCUACAACGGAAGCUAUUUCGGAAUUGCUAUCUACAUUGGAUGAAAUCAAAGUUCGCAAAAUUAUCAUUAAAGGAAAUUCUGUAUUAAAAGAAUCUUGAAAUAAACUUUUUAUUGAUCAGUGGAA